AUGUCUCUGCCGCAGGUGAACGGGAAGGAGCUCUCCAAGCUGUCUCAGGAGCAAACCCUGGAGGCCCUGCGUUCCUCCAAGGAGCCCCUGGUGAUACAGGUGUUGAGACGCAGCCCCCGCCUCCGGGGGGACAGCUCCUGUCACGACCUGCAGCUGGUGGACAGUGGCACUCAGACUGACAUCACCUUCGAGCAUAUCAUGGCGCUGGGCAAGCUGCGCCCGCCCACCCCACCCAUGGUCAUCCUGGAGCCCCCCCCCAUCAGCCAUGAGUAUUAUGACCCAGCGGAGUUCAUGGAGGGCGGCCCGCAGGAGGCAGACCGUGUGGACGAGCUGGAGUAUGAGGAGGUGGAACUGUAUAAAGCCAGCCACCGGGACAAGCUGGGCCUGAUGGUUUGCUACCGCACCGAUGAUGAGGAGGACCUGGGCAUCUACGUUGGAGAGGUGAAUCCCAACAGCAUUGCAGCCAAAGAUGGCCGGAUCCGAGAGGGAGACCGAAUUGUCCAGAUAAACGGUGUGGACGUCCAGAACCGGGAAGAGGCAGUGGCAAUCCUGAGCCAAGAGGAGAACACCAACAUCUCCCUGCUGGUGGCCCGGCCCGAGAGCCAGCUGGCAAAGCGAAUGAAGGACAGUGACCGUGAUGACUUCCUGGAUGUCUUGGGCUCAGAGAAUGAGGGGAAGUUGAAAUCCCCCCCUGCCCAGCAGCUCGGAAAAGAAGAGGAGCCAGGGGCCCCGGAUGUGGGCCCAGGCCUGAGCAACAGCCAGGAGCUGGACAGUGGGGUGGGUCGGACUGACGAGAGCACCCGCAAUGAGGAGAGCUCUGAGCACGACCUGCUGGGGGAUGAGCCCCUGAGCACCACCAACACGCCCGGCACCCUGCGCAAGUUUGGCCUGCAAGGGGACGCCCUGCAGAGCCGCGACUUCCACUUCAGCAUGGACUCCCUGCUGGCUGAGGGGGCUGGGCUGGGGGGUGCUGAGGUCCCGGGCCUCACCGAUGAGGAGUAUGAACGCUACCGGGAGCUGCUGGAGAUCAAGUGCCACCUGGAGAAUGGCAACCAGCUGGGCCUCCUCUUCGCCCGCGCCUCCGGUGGCAACAGCGCCCUGGAUGUCAACCGCAACGAGAGCCUGGGCCACGAGAUGGCCAUGCUGGAGGAGGAGCUGCGGCACCUGGAAUUCAAGUGCCGCAACAUCUUGCGGGCGCAGAAGAUGCAGCAGCUGCGGGAGCGCUGCAUGAAGGCCUGGCUGCUGGAGGAGGAGAGCGUCUACGAACUGGGCGCCAGCGAGCCCAAGAAGCGCGAGCUGCCCGACAUCUCUGAGCUGCCCGAGAAGUCUGACAAGGACAGCACCAGUGCCUACAACACGGGGGAGAGCUGCCGCAGCACCCCACUGCUCACCGAGCCGCUGCAGGAGAGCCCCCUGAGGCGGGCCGCUGCUGGCAACUCCAACUUGAAUCGGACCCCCUCGAGCCCCCCUGUCGCCACCCACCCCAAGGCAGCUCCUCCACAGGGGAGCCCCGGCAAGUUCCGAUCCCUCUCCCGGGAUCCCGAGGUGGGCCGGAGACAGCACUCAGAGGAGCGCGUCCGCCGCAGCCCCAAGAUGGGGGUCACCCUGGAGCGCGUGGGCCCCGAGGGCAGCCCUUACCUCUCCAGGCGCCACCGAGGCCAGGGCCAGGAGGGCGAGCACUACCAAAGCUGUCUGCAGCUGGCCCCUCCGCGCUGCCUGGAGGAUCUGGGCCACGGCCCCUUGAGUUUGGCUGGUGGCCCUCGGGUGGGCGGAGCUGUGGCCGCAGCCAGUGAAGGGCCCCGCAUGGAGUGGAAGGUCAAGGUGCGCAGCGAUGGAACCCGCUACGUGGCCAAGCGGCCCGUGCGUGAUCGCCUCCUAAAAGCCCGGGCCCUGAAGAUCCGCGAGGAGCGCAGUGGCAUGACCACGGACGACGAUGCGGUCAGCGAGAUGAAGAUGGGCCGCUAUUGGAGCAAGGAGGAGCGGAAGCAGCACCUGAUCCGGGCCCGGGAGCAGCGCAAGCGGCGUGAGUUCAUGAUGCAGAGCCGGUUGGAGUGCCUGAGGGAACAGCAGAAUGGCGACAGCAAGGCUGAGCUCAACAUCAUCGCCUUGAGCCACCGCAAGACCAUGAAGAAGCGGAAUAAGAAGAUUCUAGACAACUGGAUCACCAUCCAGGAGAUGCUGGCCCAUGGCACUCGCUCAGCUGACGGCAAGCGAGUCUAUAACCCUCUGCUCUCCGUCACCACCGUCUGAGCUGCCCAGGUGGGAGCCAGCUGCGAUACAGGGCGGGCCCCCUGCCCCUGCCCAGGUCCAGUGAGCCUCCAGGAAUCCCACCCCCUCCUCUCCCGUAGAAUCUAGUGUGUGUCUUUGUGCACAGGUGUGCACACACCUGUCUUUGUAUUUGUGCACAGGACUUGGUUACCAGAGAGAAGCCCCCAAGGAGAAUGGGCACCCCUUCCAUUGUGUGUGUGUGCGCAUGUGUGUGUGUGCAACACUAGCCCAGGCACAUGCACGUGCACACACUCCCCCCUUCCACCCCCCACCCCCCAGCUCUCUGUGUGUUGAGCUGAAAAGGAGAGGUAAAGAGGAUUGUCCUAAGCACAAGAGAAUGUCCAGCUCCUGAGCUGAGCAGUCUCUCCCCCAUGCUGGGAGCCUCCACUAUUUGUAGACAAAGGCAACCCUGUUUUUGUGGUUUUUCUCCCUUUCUGUGCUUGCCAAUUGUUUUUCUGUUUUGUGCACCUGCCCUGGGGGCUAGCAGCUCCUUCAGGCAGCCUGACAAAGGUGGAACCCCCCCUAGU